AUGUGGUAUGCACUUGACACAUAUUAUGCUGAGACGGGGACCUUUUUGCUGCUGCAACGCCGCCUAAAUGUUGUGGUAUCUACAGAGCCAUCGGAGUUUGCGAUAGCCAACGUGCAGUGCCAGUACGACAGCCCGUCCGACACCGAGUCGGUGGCGUCGGUGGCGGGCGUGCGGACGGCUGACGACCACACGUACGACACGAGGGACGAGCCGCCCGCGUUUAUUAUACACCAGACGAACAAUGUGUCCCAGUCACUCUCGCUGCCGUCGAGUCCGUUCGUGGAAGUCCGGCCCAAGAUCAUGACCAUCGGCCCCUCGCACAACACGCCGGCUGUCAACGUCAUACACGUGGGGGAUAGGCCGCAGAUCCAAACGCCGCAGUCAACGCAGCCAGAGUUCAACAUAAACAAGCGCAUCCGGCGGAGUGAGGUAGUCUUGCGCCAGGCCGCUGAUUGUGUCAGCCGCGGACUCACCUUCCAGACCGUGUCGGAGCAGUUUAACAUACCCAUAUCCACCAUCAGGUUCUUCAUGGCACGCAAAGGCAUCUUACCUCGGAGGCGGCGUGGGCGCAGCACACAACUGAAGCCGUGCAGUAGUCCCGAGCCGCCGUUCCACAUGCAGCACUUCAAGCUUCCCCACAUGCUACCGCUCACUGACGAGCCCGACAACUGAGGUUGAGGGUAGACGAAGAAACAUGAGGCUUGCGCUUAUUCUGAGUCAACUACUUACUGUGUCUAAAGGCGCAUUUUAAAAUAAAUGUCUUACUGAAGUACAUUUUACAACCCAGGUUUAACUACUGUAUGUAAAAGCAGUUUUUAAAAGCGUGUUUGCAAAAAAAGACCGUGAUCUGGGUCGAAGUGCAGUGUAACUUUUGUGAUCCGGGUCGAAGUGCAGUGUAACUUUUUUGACCCUAUCGAAGUGCAGAGUAAUUUUUGUGACCCGGGUCGAAGUGCAGCGUAACUUAUGUGACCCGGGUCGAAGUGCAGCGUAACUUAUGUGACCCGGGUCGAAGUGCAGUGUAACUUAUGUGACCCGGGUCGAAGUGCAGCGUAACUUAUGUGACCCGGGUCGAAGUGCAGCGUAACUUAUGUGACCCGGGUCGAAGUGCAGUGUAACUUUUGUGACCCGGGUCGAAGUGCAGCGUAACUUUUGUGACCCGGGUCGAAGUGCAGUGUAACUUAUGUG